AUGCAGAAAGCAGUUCCUUGUCUACCAUCACUCAAUAGCUGUGAUAUUCCUUCUUUUUUACUCCCUUCAGAUAAGUACCCUCAUGCAUUAGAGUCAUUUCAGGAGCAAAUGGAGGCUCUUCACGAAGAAAGCAACCCGAAAAUACUCGUUAACACAUUCGAUGCAUUAGAAUCUGAGGCGUUAAUAGCUAUUGAUAAAUUCAAUAUGAUAACAGUCGGACCUUUGAUUCCAUAUGUAUUUUUGGGUGGAAAAGACCCAUCCGAUACUUCAUUUGGAGUGGAUCUAUUCCGUGGUUCAAAUGAUUAUAUUGAAUGGCUAAACUCAAAGCCCAAGUCAUCAGUAGUUUAUGUGUCGUUUGGAAGUCUGAUCGUGUUGGAAAAGCAACAGAUGGAGGAGAUUGCACGUGGGUUGCUCAGUAGUGCCCACCCAUUCUUGUGGGUCAUAAGAGAAAAUCAAAAUGAAGAGGAAGAUGGAAAAGACCCAUCUGAUAUCUUGAUUGCUUCUUUCUUUCAUCUUGCACCCCUUGUAAGUAGUAAAAAAAGGCAUCUAGCUCAGGUAUAA